AUGAGUUUUAAAUUUAAUUACAGAAACGUUUGUCAAGUGAUAAUAAAUGACGAUUGCAAAUAUGAGGACCCGGAUGUCGGAGAACCCGAGUCAGCGGAUUCUUCCGUUAAUCAAGCUUGUGAUCAAGCUUCGAGUACUUUGACAGCUGACCUCGUUUCACCGCCAUUCCCCCUUUACGUUUGGUCUUCACAGUCGGGAGAUAAUGCCACCCAAAGUAUCGGUAAAUAUACAUUCUAAGAUAGACUUCCGUAUAAAAACUAUGACAAAUACCUAUCUACCUACCUGCCUCCUAAUAAAUUAUUGUUGAUUUAAUGUAGACGAAUCCUGCAUGGAGAGCAUAAUCCGAGUGGUCAAUUUGACAAUUAGAGGGGCCCAACCCGUCGAAAAAACUAUAAAAUAUUUUCAAUUUAUUUUGUUUGAUUUGAAUAUGGGAGAGGUAAUAAUACUAUCGAUAUUCGUUGUAUGUAUUCAUUUUUUUCCAUCUUGUUACAAUUAUUUUUAUUUUCACUAUUUAUUUAUUACCAAUAUUUAAUAAUUUAUCAUAAAGAAAAAAAAAAAAUGUUUAUGUUACAUUGCGAUCAUAGUUAUGUAAUUUAAAAAAUUAAAUUAUUUUAACAUUUCGCAGCAAAUGUAUAGGCGUAUUUAUUGCCACUUGCACGAUCAGUUGGUUUGGUGGUAUUAUCGUACUGUCGAUUCGGAAUUGGAGAUAGUUGGGGAAAUUUAUGGAGGGUUUAUAGUCCUAGGAAUGAGACUGUAAGUGGUUUUCUAAGGUUUCAGUAUAAAUAAUUACACUUAUAAGUUAGAUUGCAUAAUAUGUGUUUUUUUUUUUAGCAAUUUACCGGACGAUUGGAAGCCGAGUGCCAGAAUGGUUUUAAACCAUUUAGAAAAUUAUGACAUUAAAUAUUUAAACUUCGCCCGUUCCGCAUUUAAACAAUUAAACAAAGAUUUACCGCAUCAGUAUUCACAUCUAAUCAAGGUAUGUUCAGAAAAAAAAAAAAAAAAUUACUGUUAAUGUAUUAUUUUAUAUUUAUACAAUUUCUUAGAACGAUUAA